AUGAAAUAUUCGCUAUAUUUGGCGAGGAAGUACGCUGCCGAAGGUUGGUGGGAUCGAGCGAUUCGGCAUUACCUCACUGUACUAUUCACUUAUCAGAAUGUUGAACAACGAGAAAUCGAAUUUGCCGAUGAGUUCCGUACAGUUCUCGAAAGUUGGAUGUGCUAUUCAAGAAAUGCCGAUUCAUGUCUCAGCGCUUUGUUCGCUCCCAUUCUGAAUUUGUUCCCAAAAUGCGUGCCAAUCGUCACACUGCUUUCGGAGCACGUUUCCGGAAGUGCCAUAUUCCUAGAAGACACUGGCGAGACAGGAGUAUGCUCGUACGAUAACCUCAAAGCGGCUAUAAAUGCUGAAUGCGAUGAACUGAUGGGAGCCGUCUUUCGUGUCUCUUCUGCUAACAUCCGAAGUGGUGUUUUUGAUCAAUGGCACAUGUUUAUGAUCAAUGAUCAGGAGAGAAAUACGAAAUUCUUUGAAGCUCUGAAGAAUACAGUUUCAUCUACUGAUCAUGUGCUGGAUAUUGGCACAGGAACAGGAAUAUUAAGUGUCUAUGCGGCUAGAUGUGGUGCGUUGAAGAUAUCAGCAAUUGAGGCAAAUCCAACACUUUACCAGAUGGCCAAAAGAAUCCUCGCUCUCAAUGGAGUGGCUAAUGUGAAGGUCAUACACGAGUAUUCGUACGAAUAUGAUCCUGAAGAAGACGAGUUGGCAGAUGUGGUUGUAUCAGAGAUACUCGAUUGUUGUGCUUUUGGUGAGGGAGUGAUUCCAGCGUUCCUUGACGCUCACCUCAGGCUUACGAAAAACACAGCCCGAUUCAUACCUUCUAACGUGGCUCUGUUCGCGACGUUGUUAGAGUCGCCUUCGAUCUACCUCACUCAUUCGUUCACUUCCCCUUCCGGCAAAGAGUAUCGGUCCGAAUAUGUGCCGUGUAAUGGACAAAAACCAAAUGAGCCAUACUGGGUUGUACGAGUGUCAGACUUGCCAGAUGCAAAGCAGCUCUCAACACCCAGGGAGGUGCUCAUGGUGGACUUUCAGAACGUCAAUGAGCUCCAUCGCUACGUGUUUGGUCACAAUGGCGUUAUUGAGAUUUCUCCCACUUGCUCCGGAACGCUCCACGCAAUAGCAGUUCAUUUCAAGGCUUUGAUAUGGGGAGAUCAGUAUAUCGAUACAUCCAAGAGCACUUGCUGGGAGCAAGGUAUAUUCCCUCUACCGUAUCCAAUGCGGGUUAACCAAGGUGAUGUGGUAGUUUUGAAGUGGUCUCUGAAGAGAACCAGAUUCGAUAUUACAGUGGAUUAUAUUGCGAAUUCCGAAGGUUUGCAGAUGGCUAAUUCUCAGGCACUUCCCAAUCGCGAGGUGAUUUUGCGAAGUCAGCUUGACUACCGUACGAUGAAUAACGAUAUGCUGCUUUUCGCGAUCACUCGACUUCUACCUUCCAUUAGCAGAUACUCUUGGAAUUUGGAUGGAGAACUCAGCGCCGAAGAACUCGGAGUUGUGAGAUACCUGCCACACUUUUUGAUAGAUGCGAAGGAUAUCAAUGGGACAAGCGAUACAGAGGUGGAUGAAGGUUACGGUGACCAGUGUGUUGUGGUGUGGCCAAUACGGGGUGAUGGAUCGGUUAGUGAAGUGUUUUUGAAUCUGCUCCGGUCUUUACGGGCGAGAGAUGAUAUUCCGCCUUCGCUGAAGCAUUGUGGAUAUCUUACCGAUCGUCUUUCUGCUCAUGGUGUGCUGGUUUCAUCGGAACGUUUGUCAAAACUCACAAGGGUACAGCAAGAUUCUCAAUGUGGUGCUGAUUUGUCUCCGAUUCAAAUGUACAAUCUACUGGAAUACAGGGAUAUAGAGAUUUCAACAUUCGAACAUCACAUUUGUUCAAAUGAGUUUCGCUUCCUCCAUCUUGGCGAAGAAGACACGGAAUUGCUUUCGAAAAAGAUUGAGGUGCGGUCUACUUCAUCAGGUCUUGUAGAGGGUGUUCUAUACUGGUGGCAAUUGGAUCAUUAUUAUUCGACGCGACAGGAUCGCGGAACCUUUUUCAUAUUCAGGGAACCGAUCUCAGUGAAUGUCGGCACUGUGGUGAGUUAUACUCAUUUUGCUCAAUGA